AUGGAAAAUACGUGCCACAGCAACACCGAGGACGUGCAGAUAAAGGGGGAGCAGAGCAUCUACCAGGAAUCCACCCUGCAGGCCAUAGACCACCUCAGCAAGGACCUCAACCUGCUCAAAACACGCAAGCACCUCCUUGGACCGGAAGUUGACGAACAGCUCAAGCCGUGUCUAGCGACAAUAAUACACUGCGCCGAACGGCUAGAUGUACCCGAGCUGCGCGUGAUCGUGAAGAUUUUGCGCCAGCUCUAUGGGAAGGACUUCACUGCCGCCCCCGACGAAGUGCUUCGCGAGAUGACCAUCGGCCGGCGCGAAUACGGCGAGGCCGCAGCGGCCGGGCACACCGGCCUGACUGACGAUGAGGUGUACGAGAUGCAGGAGGCAUUCAAUCUCUUCGACACCGACGGCUCAGGCACCAUAGAUCCAAGGGAGAUCAAGUGCGCCAUGCAGAGCCUCGGAAUUGACAAAAAGAACCCUCUGGUGUACCAAAUUGUCGCGGACCUGGAGAAGAGCGGAUCCACGCAAGUCGAUUUUAACGACUUCCUCGACUCCAUCACCCUGAAGCUGGGCAACCGCGACAGCAAGGAGGGUAUUCGACGUAUAUUCAACCUCUUCGACCAAGACAACACGGGGUCGAUUUCCUUCAAGAACCUCAAAAAGGUCGCCAACGAGCUUGGCGAGUUCAUAUCGGACGAGGAACUGAGGGACAUGAUACACAGAUCGGAUUCCAACGGCGACGGCCUGCUGUCCUUCGAGGACUUUUACAGCGUCAUGGCCAAGAGGCCUUUACCGUGA